AUGUCUCCUAAUGAUGUAUGGAUGAUAUAUUGCAUUGUGGGUGUCAAUAUAAGUGACGGCCAUAUUUGCCGGUGCUGCUACCGCUGUAAACAACCCAAAGUGUCUGGGAGACACAGAGACGCUCCACUGAAUGUCAGGACAUUUUUAUUUCUUGCAUUUGCCAUGUCUCUAGGAAUGUCUUACAAGCCCAACUUGAACGCCCACCUCCCCGGGACUUCCAUCAACCAGGCUGGAAGUGUUCACUCUCCCUCCACAAGUAUGGCAACCUCUGCACAAUACAGACAGCUUAUAAAUGAUUAUGGACCCCCGUCUCUAGGCUAUACACAAGGGAUGCAGGGUACCAGCAGCAGUCAAGUACCACAAAGCAAAUAUGCAGAACUUCUAGCUAUCAUAGAAGAAUUAGGAAAAGAAAUUAGACCUACAUAUGCUGGAAGUAAAAGUGCCAUGGAGAGGCUAAAACGAGGCAUCAUUCAUGCUAGAGGAUUAGUUCGGGAAUGCUUGGCUGAGACUGAACGGAAUGCAAGAUCCUAGCCUACUAAUUAAGUUACAAGAUUUUCCAUCUCUUUAUGAAGAAAAAUGUAAUACUUAUUCCUUUUGAAACAUGCAGAUGAAUCUUUUUAUUUUGAAUGUUUUACCUUUUUUUGCCCUUAUGAAAAUGUACAGUUAAGAAUGAGAAGAUUUUUCAAUUUACUGAGGGUUUGCAUUUUUUUUUAGAAGUUAAACGCCCCAAAUUCUUUCUAAAAGGUUAAGACUAAAACUGCAUGCAGAGGAAUGCUUUCUCUCCCACAGACUAUACUUAAGUUCCUUUCUUAUCCAGCCACAGUCUCAUUCUUUUUAUUUCUUUGACUAUAUUCACUUAACCCCACAUGGUCAAUCUUUCAACCUUUGACAUAAGCUCUAAGGAUUUUUUUUUUUUUUUUUAAAUAACUGCACUGGUAGCAUGUUUUACCUAGUAGUCGGCUAUACUCACAGUUUGCCAUACAGCAUAGACCCUGCUUAGAAAUAACCCUUUUUUUGCAUAAGCAUUUGCAUGAUUGUUAGUGCUUUGGAGUCCAUUUAAAGUGCAUGAGUUAUAAAUACAGAAGAUAGAGCACCUAACAAACAAUAACAAGGUCCCAGAAAACUAAUUUUCACCCUGAGGCUGAAGAUUUCAAUUGUAAGUUUGCCAAAAAAACAAAAUUCUGGAUAAAUUACUAAAACUGUUAUUUGCAUCUUUGUAUGUAUUUAUUACUUGAUGUAAUAAAGCUUAUUUUCA